UUGAGGGGACCCCGGGCGGGACCAUCUCGGCUGUGUCCGUGCUGCUUUAUAAACCCCCUCGAGUUGUAAGAUUGUUUCCGCUCCAGUUUGGCAGCCCCGAUGGGACCGUCUCUGUCCCUCUGCAGGACCUGCUGAGGACCGGACUCCUCUGGGCGCCCCCGAGAUUCCUCGGGAGGACUCUCCCAUCAACCAGAUCACUGCGGGAUAGACGGGGACCAUCAAUUGAUGCAGCAGUCUUUUGCAGAUUCACCGUUGAGGCCGAAGUGGGAAGGUCCCUUCCAAGUACUACUGACCUCUCAUACAGCUAUAAAAAUCAAGGACCGAGCAUCCUGGAUCCAUCAUACCAGAGUUAAGAAAGCCCCUAAACCACAAUGGAAGUCAACAUAAGCCAGACCUUUGAAACUACAUAUUCAAUGAAAAGAUGGACGUUAAUCAUUGCCAUCAUGGGGUUAUGGUCAGGAACUGUGGGAGCAUGGGAUCAGAACUCAUACGUACAAAUGACCAAAUCGGUAGUAGAUAGUUUGAACCUCUCUGACUGUUGGGUGUGCACAGCUCUCCCCAAAGGAAAUUUAGAAUUUCCACUCCUUGGAAUACCAGUGUCUUACGCGAAUUGGAGCUGGCCUUAUGACAAUCUAAACAAUUCUACUCCACCUACAGGGGACAGUAUUUUAUGGAAGGUGGGGGGUGGCUGUGCUCCGAACCAAAGACAAUCCCACCUCCCUAAUGGUGAAACUCUUUGUUGGGGGCACCAGAGUCCAAUACCUCCAAAAGGCCACGAAGUUCCAAGAUAUACCUGUGGGAAUAGUAGUAUCUACCCACUUAAAUUUGAUCUGCAAAUAUUGGAAAGGCCAAUAUUCAUAAAGAGACACAAUGAUACCGCCCCAAAGGUUGGAGAUUUUAAUCUUGACUUAACUGCAGAUCUUAAUGGGACUAUAUGUGAAAGGGGGAGGACCAUCAAUGAGAGCCAUGGCGGGUGUCCACAAGCAGUGAUAAUAGCAUUAUGGCUCAAUUAUUCUUAUAGUUGUAUUCCUGAUGGAGUCUGGUGGCUAUGUGGGGAUGGGCAUGCUAGAAAAUCAUUACCUGACUACUGGGAUGGGGUCUGUACGUUAGGAUAUGUGAUUCCCCAGAAUAGAAUAUACAAUCACUCGCAUCUUCCACCAGGAAUUAUGCGGACACACUGGCGGAAAGUACGCGAGAUCCCAAAUAAUCCCCUUGCAGAAAGGCCCUCAGCUUUUCAUAGCUUUGCGAGAUGGCUUUUUGCCCAAUUAGGAGUAAGCGAAUUAGAAAAGGCUAUAGUAAAUAUUUCAGCCACUAUGGAAAAAAUUGAGAGUCUUACUGUAGAUGCUAUCCAAGGACUACAAACCGAAGUAUCAUCCCUUGGUAAGAUGGUUCUACAAAACCGUAUGGCCCUGGAUUUAAUCAAGGCAAAAGAAGGAGGAGUCUGUUUAAUAAUAAACCAAAGCUGUUGUUCCUAUAUCAAUCAAGAGAAAAGAAUUGAGACAGACAUAGCACGGAUUUGGCAACAGUCAAAAGUAUUACAUCAAGUAUCUCAAGAUGACACUUCACUUGGCUCCUCUGAUCUUUGGGAAAAAUUAACCUCAUGGCUACAUAAUUUUGCUUGGCUUGUUUUAUUAAUCACAAUAAUUGCUUUAGGAUUUACAGUUUGUAUUUUAUUUAGAUGUUUUCCAUGUUGUGCCAAAAGGGCGACAGAUGAUUAUGAAUUAUGGAAGAAGCAUCAACUCCGUCAGAAAAUUGAGUCAGGAAAAUAUUUUAAGAAGUGUUUAGAGAAAGAAAGUAUUUUGUAAGAGCAAGUAAAUUAAUUUACUAAUGCAUUAGGAAAGGGGGGAAUUGGAGCAGGAGCCAGGAACUAAGGGUAAAGCUAUAGAAAAGUUACUUAAGAAACAUGUAUCUUUAGCAUGCCAAUAGGAACUAUAUGGUCUGUUGCACAAGAUAACAGGAACUUUGAAGCUGAAGUUAGCAGAACACACCUGUCGUGCCUUCAGGAGAUGUUCCAACUCAUCAAAGGGAAAAAGUUCACCAUGAAGAAGACUCGGGGCCUUCCUCCCAAAGACCCCCAAAGGAGAUCACCAGGAGGCAGUACGCAUACACCCAGAGCAGGAGACAUAUUUUAAUAAAUUCCUGGAAACAAUUAGAAUAAUCCCACCUAUUCCCAGAACUAAUUGUAAUAGCCCAUCCCCUAACCUCAUAUAUGUAUGUUUUGUGUUAUAAAUCAUCCCCUGUUUUGAGAGGGGGUGUGCAAGUUAGGAGGAGAAAUCCCCCUUGCACCCGGUGCCGUAAUAAACAUACCUGUUUAUAACUCCCCUCGAGUUGAAAGGUUUGUUUCCACACAUCAACUUCAACUAAAUUUUAAAAAGAUAUACACUUUGUUAAAUGAAGUUUCCUCAAAAACAUUAGAAAUACUAAGGAAAAAGCGCUGUCCCAAGAGACAAGGAGUGCUACAGUCACCCCAGGACACUGGGGCAGCCUCCCUAAAGCUCUGUCACACCGGCAAGCCCUCAGCACUCUCCAGCAAGACGCUACUGUC